UCCGCGCGUGCUGUGUGUUGACAUGCUAGCGCUCUCACUGUGUCCUUCCCGGUCCCUGUGUUAUUCGGCGGCCCCGGAGACAGAGUCGUAUUCGCCCCGUCACUUGAGUCAUGAACAACAGUGCUCGUUACCUCAUCUUCUUUCAGUACAUCGGAACCGCGUACCGUGGAGUUGUCAAAGUUCCACCGCAACAGCAAGAAGUAAAAGGGGUGCAGGACCACUUGGAGAAUGCCAUCAGGAAGCUGAGACCUCUCACCCCAGUCUCCCUGUUCAUCUCCAGCCGCACUGAUGCUGGCGUCCAUGCUCUGUCCAACUCCGCCCAUUUUGACCUCGUGCGGACAAAUGACAAGCCUCCGUUUUCGGAGGACGUUCUCGUUGAGGCCUUGAACUUUCACCUUGGGGCUGAACAGAUCAGGGUGACUGGUGCCCGCCGCGUGCCUGACCAGUUCCACGCUCGCUUCCAGGCUCAGUCUCGUACUUAUGUCUACAGAGUAGCUCUGGGAAUCUCCCACCGCUCCCAGCUGCCGCUCCCAGAGUGCGAUCUGUGCUGGGGAGUCCGCCACACGGUUCUGGAUAUGGAGGCGAUGCGUGACGCCGCAGCCAUGUUGGUGGGAACUCAUGACUUCAGUAGUUUCAGGGCGGUGAAUUCAGACCUGCCUUUCAAAAGCCCCAUAAAGACCAUGGAUGUCGUUGGAAUUCAACCAGGAAGCUCCUUCGUGCAAGCUCACUUCCACAGGGAGAUCCUCUUCUGGGAGUUGACCUUCAGGAGCAGGUCUUUUCUCUACAAGCAGGUGCGCAGGAUGGCAGGGGCUUUAGUUGCCGUGGGUCAGAGGAGGCUCUCCAUUUCCCAUCUCAAAGAGAUUUUGGAGGCUCGUGACUCUCUAGCGUUCCCACAAGGUCUGGCUGCCCCGGCCCACGGCCUCUUCCUCACAGGGGUGGAAUACAAGGAUUCAGACCUGCAGUUGAAGCUGUGACCAUCGUGACCUUCUCCAAAUUUCAAUGGGAGCAUUUGUAUUUUUUUUUUCAAUAAACUGUGAGUCAUGAAUAGCA